AUGGAGCGGCUGACGUUACCUCCUGGCGGCGCGGCGGCAGUGGACGAGUACUUGGAGUACCGAAGAAUUGUUGGUGAGGAUGAUGGAGGGAAACUUUUUACUCCUGAGGAAUAUGAAGAAUACAAAAGAAAAGUCUUACCUAUGCGUUUACAGAACAGAUUGUAUGUGAGUUGGCGAUCACCCAUGGGAAUGGAUUGUAAACUUGUGGGUCCAGAGACACUGUGUUUUUGUACACAUAGGUAUAAGCAACAUAAAACUGACUUUGAAACAAUUCCUCCGCAGCGCCCCAUCAGUCUGCCUUGCCAAGUGAGGGGCUGCCCUUGCAGGGCUUACCUCUAUGUGCCUCUGAACGGCACACAGCCCAUUCGCUGCAGAUGUAAGCACUUUGCCGAUCAACACAGUGCAGCCCCUGGCUUUGUAUGCAAUGCCUGUUCUAAGUGUUCGGGAUUUCACAGUUGCUUCACUUGUGCUUGUGGUCAGCCUGCAUAUGCCCAUGACACAGUAGUGGAAACUAAGCAAGAAAGACUGGCUCAGGGAAAACCAGUGGGGCAGGACGUUCCUUAUGCAGCAAUGGGAGGAUUAACUGGCUUCAGCUCGCUGGCAGAAGGCCACAUGCGAUUAGAUGACAGUGGAAUUGGUGCACCAUCAGCUGAAUUUUUAGACUCUCCAGUUACGGCCAUGGACCACCCAUUUCUAAAGGCAUUUCAAGCAUCAUCUAGCUCUUCUCCAGAAACGCUAACAGGUGUAGGUACAAGUAGUCAAGUUUCUUCCUUAAGGAAACCGGAAGAGGACGAUAUGGCUUUCUUUGAAAGACGACACCAGGAGAGGAUAAAAAUGGAAAAGGCUGCUAAGCAGAAAGGAAAAGCACCAUUGCCAGCAACUAUGAAACCUUCAUGA